GAGUUGGUGGAGGUGGCAAUGGCGAUGGGCGGCGAGACGACGACGUGGGUGGGGAAGAAGCCGCUGAGGCGGAUCGGAGGCAUGUCUGAUGCUCUCUCCAUCGCCUCCGAUCUCGGAUUCUCCCUGUCAGCUCCUCGUUCUCAGGAAGAAAUCCAAAACUUGACCUUGAGUGGUGGUGAAAAGGGUGAUGACUUGAUAAGGGUUCUAAGAGAGCUCACUGCGGUGCAAAGAAAAAUUGCAGAUCUGCAGGUGGAACUUCAGGGUAGAAAGGACGAUAAAAAUGUGGCACACUUGACACAUGUGAGCGAGAUGGAGAAGAAGAUUGAGACUUUGGCAAGGAUCACGACAAUAUUGAAAGAUGUUAUUCAAAAUAAGGAUCGCAUCAUAGCUCGGCUUCAACAACCAUAUUCCCUUGAUUGUAUUCCAGUGGAAGCAGAAUACCAGAAACAAUUUUCAGAAUUGCUGAUGAAGGCUGCCAGCGACUAUGGUGCCUUGACAGCAUCUGUUGCGGAUUUUCAAUGGAGCCAGAACUUCAAGGAACCUCCUUCAGUUUGGGGGGAGAUGCUUCGCCCAAUUCCUGUGGCCUUAGCAUCAUGCACCAGAUUUUUUGAGGCAAUGUCUGCUAUGAGAGAUUCAUUUGCCACCCUUCAAAAGCUGAGAGUGGGUCAAUCUUUCCCCUCUAUUCCCGCGACACCGAGUGGAGAUCCUUCGCAGAAAAUCCUCGGAGUGUCUGACUGUGUAACUCCGCCUUCCUGGAGAAACGAGUCGAGCAUCGACGACUUAGCCAUCAGAAGCAGGAGAGGGCAAGGAAUCGAGCAUCUUGAAGAUGACAACGGCCAGGUCGGGGAGCACCAUCCUGCUGAUGGCACCGGUAACCGGAGAUUGUCUUGGCCUCCGUUAAAGAAAGGCAGCGCCUAGUUCGAAGGCGAAAUCUCCAUUUGUUUGAAAAGGCUAAUGGCAUCAUUUCUUUCUUUUCUUUUCUUUUCAUUGUUUGGUCGGAUUGACAUUGUAUUGUGUGCAGUGACUUAUCAGUUCUUUGAUCAAACCAUAGGAAACCUGUAAAAUUGCAAUGAAGUCAUUGCGUUCGGUGACUCGGCGCAGCUUGUGAAUUGAUGGAAAUGUGCCGUUGUGAGUCA